AUGGUGUCACUGCGCCUGCCGCUGGCCUACAGCGCCGCCAGUGCCAUCGCAGCGUGUGGCCCGGAGCACUGGCAACGGGCCCUGUGUUUGUUCGAGAUGGUCAGUGCCGCCGUUAACCCCGAUGUGAAAGCCGUGGCCUUCAAUGCCGCCCUCUGGGCUUGUGAACGGGCCGUUCAAUGGCAGCAAUGCAUGGCACUCCUAACGGCACCUCCCUCAGCCACUUCGGCCUCCAGUUUUUUGGCCUGUGCCAGUGCUUACCAGCAAGCUCAAAGAUGGCAGGACGCACUCCACUUGUUGGUGGACUCGCUCUCGCUGGUGUCGCCGGGUUCGCAGGCUGCGGCUUCGAUGAUUCUCCUGCGGGGCUUUGUCGCCAUGGCGUCCUGGCAGCGAAGUUUGCAGCUCUUCGAAGACAUGCGCAGGGACGGGCACGGGGAUCUGCUGGCGCUCAACGCAGUUCUGAGCUCCCUGGCCGAUGCCUCGCAAUGGUCCCAGUGCCUCCGCCUUGCCGCGGAGCAACACCGCGAUGGGGCGACGGAGGCGCAGCUGCUGCGGGCCUUGCAGCGGCAACACAUGACGCGGCGGGAGGUCACCUUCAAGGAUCUGGAGCAUCGAGGAAUGCUUUGGAGAGCUUUGGAAGAGUCCAAGACAGGGGCGCUGGAGAGGGAACAGCUCAGCCAACUGAGUCUUGUCUCAAGUCGGGGGUCCGAAGUGCUUUGGUGGCACCCGCCCACCAUGCGGUCCUCGCUCGGAACCACUGUGGUUACCAUGGCGCUGUGUGUUGCGGCCUGUGUGGCCGCAUGUCCCGACCAUUUGGUAAACCGGACGCGGUGUAACCCCGUGAACGCCGUGAACGACAUCGUGGGGCCCGAAGCUGAAACCUGUGUGGGAACUUUUGCUGAAUUCCCGGUGGUCGAUGCACUGGAGUGGGCCUUUGAAUGUGGGCUACCCAUCGAAUUGACCGUGGGUCUCACGAUGUCUUUAACUGGCAACUACAGCGACGAAAGUAUGAAUCAGAAUGUGUUGCAAGUCCUGAAGGAUUGGAGCAAUCAGAUCUCCAAUAAGACCGAUGGAAUGAAGCUGAAAGGCGUUACCUUAGGCCAAAUCAAGAUGUGCACCCGCUUCUGCGUCAUGGACGAUGAGAGCUCAGAGGAGAAGAUGGUACAGCUCUAUCGCUCCUUUUUGGGGGACGGAAACAGUACGUCGCAUGGCAUUCCCCUUCUGCUUGGCCCAGGGACCGAAGCCUUUCGCAACGCGGCCGCGCAGGUGGCGAACGACUACCAGCGGCCGAUGAUCUUGUGGUCCAUCCCUCAGGAGCUUCGAAGAUUUCCAAUUCUGCCCAAAGAUUACAAACUCUCAGAGGUCAUCGAGAGCAUCGAGGUGCCCAAGAAUCAGGUGAUUCAGGAGCAGAUUGCGAAGAUGAGCGAGAAUUCCUCUGACUCAGAAAUCUACAGCUCCUUAUAUGACUAUCCCAGCAAUUCGUGCCAAGAUUUCCCGGUGCCUGCGGGUUACUACUUGCGCAGCGGUGCAGAAUUCUUGAGCUGCGGGGGGCCAUGUGACCCUGUGGCACAUCUAGAUCUUUGCUGUCGCCCCAGCAGCGGCCUACGCGUCUCUGGCACUUGGUCGCCGAGCUCAUCGCUGCUGUCUGGUGGCUGGCAAGAUGGCUGCCUCCGUGGUCAGAGUUUGGCCAAUGAAACGACCAACAUGUCCCUGGUGCUGAAUUUUGACAGGUCGCCAGCUCCUGUGAUUAUCAGCUUGAACUGGACAAAUAUCGCGCCGUUGGCGCCACAGCCUUACCUUGUGGUCGAUGAACAAGUUUUCAAAGUUCACGAAACCCUACUGGACGUGCUUCGCGAAGACUCGGUGGUGAACUUUGACUAUGUGGGCGAUGCAGAGGUGACCUGGGAGAUUUGCCUUCGCGAAUCCUGCGCUGCUGUGCACUGUCCUCCCCCUCUGCUGCAGCGCAGCGGUGAGAGUUGCCUCGGGAGAAAUUGCACUGACCCCACCGACACGGCCAUUUGCUGUUCCUUGGAGCCCGUGGAUCUCAACGGCAUCAUGUGGAAGGGCGGAUCUUUGAAUUCUUCAGUCUUCGAUUUGGUGGCUCCCGUCAGCGGCUGGGCCCUCGACGUCAUCCAACAGCUGCAGAAAAGCAUCGGGGGUCGCCUGCUCUGUGUGGCACAGCAGCUGUCGAACGAUGGACUCUUUUUUUCAAAUCUCUGCCGGCACUACACCCGGAUGAUUGGCCAGACCAAGGCAGACGUGAUGCUGGCAGGCGGAGCACUUGGAGCCGUGUCGUCACUGGUGCGACUGAAACCGGGGCCCAGCAUGGUGCUGGUCUGCAGUGACCUGGGAUUCUACAAGGGUUUCCUUCGCGCUUCGAUGAUGCUCACGCCUGACCAUGGCACGGUUAUGUCAUGUCUUCCGUUUGGUUCGCUGCUGGAGAACGUGCGAGGCUUUGAGCUGAAUUUCCGUAGCCUCGAGCCACAGCCCUGGCCCUCCUAUCGGCAACUGAGCAGCUUCAAGAUCCAGCAGCCCCUGGCGGACUUGGCAUCUUUAAGGCUCAGCUUCAAUGAGGUCUACCAACAGCACCUGCAGAACGGCUCCUUCCCCACGGAACUCUUGUUCUUGUACAGCGCCUGGCAAGUCAUUGAGAAAACCGCCAUGACGCUGGCGGGGUCCAUUCUGCAGUACAGUUUCUUGAAGCAACGAGGACGACGUGAUUCGUUGCAAGAGUUGGCGAGCACCCUGUUUUCAACGUAUUUGGGCGGCGUGUCCUUUGAACGAGGGCAACGGAAGCUGCAGAGGACGGAUGUGGCUACGAGGCAGGCGGUUCCACUCACCGUCACCUCUUCGGGAUCGAUGAGCAAUGCUCUGGCAGGCCUUGCUCCCAACGUGUCUUGGACGUUGAAGAUGGUGAAAUUCCUGCGAAGUUCCGUGCGUAUUGCGGAUGUCUUCGAGCCGAUCCUGGCGGUUUCGAACCAGCUGAACAUCAACGCAUGGUACCCCUGCCCUGAAGGCUGUGUGGUGCACAAGACGGGCUGUCGCGCGUGUCCUCCGGGGACCUAUCGCUCUCCGAACCAACGAGAAUGUCAACCGUGCUUGAGUGGUAGCUAUCAAGACAACUAUGCGGCCUCCAAGUGCUUCAUGUGCCCCAAAGGUGUCAGCUGCAACGUGACUGGUGCACUUUUAGCAAAACCAGGCUACUUUGCGGUGAAGGCGCAGGAAUCGAUCUAUGCGGCUUGGAACGGACCAGAGGCUUGUUCCAUCGAACCUGGUGGCGGUCUUGCAACGUUGCACCCCAACGACAUUGGCAGCUGGAGUCACAGCAAGAACGAAGCCCUGUGGACAGUGCAUCAAUGCGAACCCAAAUCUGUGUGCUUGGGCGAGAACGUCUGCAGCGCCUCCCAAGUGGGAUUUCGUUGCCAUGACUGCCAGACGGGCUAUUCCCGAAUCUUGAGUCACGGGGACACCUGCGUGGCGUGUCUGGAUUUCACUCCGUUGCUCUGGCGCUGUGUCGCCUUCGCCAUGUUGCAAGUUUUUGUGGCCCUUCUGCUUGCUGCCACCAGUCAAAAAGAUGUCGCGGAACUGGAUUGUUUGUUAAGUCCAAUACUGCUAUCGCUGUUGGUGGCGCUUCAGUGCUUCUGGAUGCUAUUUCAAACUGUUGAAAGAGCUGGUAUGUUCGAUGAAAAAGAGGCGGUCUAUGGCGGUCUGCGCAAUGUCAUCGAUGCCUUCAUGGUGCCAUUUCUGCUGCCUCUCUUGGAAUGUGCCCCCGAAGGCUCUCUGACGCGAUCAGCAGAGAAUCAGGCGUGGGCGGUUUUUGCAUCUGCCAUUUGUAUCUAUUUUCUGAUCAUCAUUUUAUGGCUGCUGUUGUAUUGCUUGAAUGCAGCCCGACGCGGUUUGCAGCGUGGUGGGAUCUCCCUGAAAGCAUGUUUGGUGGCUGCCAAUCACUUGGUCCUUCCAAGCUUGUUAUACUGGACCCUCACAACGGCCCUGCAUUGCACACGGGAGGGCAGCGAUGCCUGCGACGAAGCUGUGGAGCUCAGGGAUCCACACGUUGCGGCCAUGGUCUUUGUGAGCCUUCUCUUUUUCUUGGAAGGCUUUGCUGUUUGGGUAUAUCGGCAUGACUUCUUUCAAGUGUCCCAUCGCAGAGACUUUGGUUUGUUGUGCACCGGAGUCCAUCGUCCAUAUUUGUUAUGGCCUCUUUGGGAAUUCCUCUAUUUGUUGAUGAUGGCAUCUCUGCUUUCGGCGUCGAACGCUCUGGAACUUCCCGUGGUCGCUGUCUUCUGGUUCAUCGUGCUAGCAAAUGCAUUGAGUGUCUUGAUGCUUGCCAUUGUCCAUCCGUACUUAUCGAUGGUGGUGUUGCGCUACAAACAAAGCAUUGCCAGAAGUAUCUGCGUGUUGUCGAUUCUCCUGUCCUCUAAUUCGGUCUUCGUGGACGUGGACUUCUUUGCAGAUCAGGACUUGGAGUUUCUGCGAUGGAUUGAACAACUUUUAAUUGAGAUUUUGUUGCUCUACCUCGUGGCAAAGGGUUUGUGGAUUCUCUUCAUGAACCGUGUAGUGAUCCCGGUGACCAUCAUGCAGGACACCUUCUACCCAUGGAAAUCACUUCGAUUGCUGGUGUCUUUUUUACGAAGACCGAUUGGCCUCCACCGUGCUAGCGUACUAAAGCGCCACGGCUACAUCGAAUUCCAUACGCAAACAUGGUCCAAAUCCGAAAAGAUUGGAAUCAGCUGGAGCAUUGGACACAUUUUGCACGGCCAGCUACAGAUCAGCAGCAUACUACGAAUGGAAGAGGUUCACACAGUGCUGGAAGCGGCUGUUCGAGCGGUGUGUCGGUCUCACAAAAAUGCCACUUUGAAACACAUCUAUAGUGGUGGAUACCCCAAAAUUGCCCGCCGGGCUUGGAAGGAAGGCAAGACCAUUUCAGAAUGCAUCCAGCGUCAUGCUGGUGACUUCAUCACCCACGAACUUUCCGUGGCGGUGCACGACCAAAACGUCGACGUGGCCUCAGCCGUCCGCGCAGCGCAGGCCGCGGCAGAGCUCCGCGCGGAAAAAACCGCGGCCACGGAAAAAGCCGCGGCCAUGGAAGGUGAACUCGAGGAGGAGGAGGAGAAGGAGGAGGAGGUCAACCUUCCAUCACCUCCCGGAGCCAAGCGGGCGAAGGUUCUCCUGCUCCCCCGCCGGUGGCCACGGCCGCGCCGUCCAUCGCGGCGGAAUCGUGCGGCUGUGAACAUGGAGGACGACACGUUGUUCGAAAGAGAGGUAGAAGAUGAGGUGGAUGUGGAGAAGCAAGUUUGGGAUCUGCGAAAAGGAUAUAAGAGACUGGAGGGUAAGAUGGCCGUCAUGCUCAGACGCAUGACGGAGGUGUCUGAUCCCUUGCUUGGCUCCAAGCCCAGCGGAGCCUUGAGAGCGGAGGUGAAGGAAGUCUUUUCAGUGCUGAAUGAGAUUCAGAUGCAGCUGGACACGGUGCAGGUGGACCACAUUUCAGCCGAAAGGAUCACGUCAUGGAUCGUUUCCGUGCAAAAUCUCUGGAGUAAAGCCGAUGUAAAGGCGCAGCCUCGGGAUGAUUCACCGACGGAGCUGACGCCUGAGCUGGUGGAGCUACUGGGCGGCAACGAAUGCAACGAGGCCUUGGAUCUGGAGACCAGGGCCACCUCAACGGGCAGCAGAUCUCACUCGGAGGAUUCCCUGGAGAGACAUCUUUUUCAGACGAACGAGCCGCCAGCUCCGCCUGCAGCUUCCACUGGAGGCACCAGCACCGCUCCCUCAGUCGCCUCCAUUUCCAUCUUGCGGAGCAAGCCACGCCCUGUCGGAAGGAGUACUGCAAGGUUGCAUGCAUGGCAGACGUAAAGACCAUAGACCUCGAAGGAGUGAACAUGGAGUCCCAGCGGUGAAAACGUGCCCUGCCGUGCCAUGCUUCAC